CUCUAAUAAACUGGGAUGGGAAUAUCAGAUGCCUUCGUACUCCGUACUGUACUAUCCCGAAGAAAAAUGCCGGCCGUCGCAGCACUAUGCUUGCUCUCAAGUGAUACGGAGUACAUAAAUUCUAAUCUCUGCGCGCGCUACGCAGGAGUUAUGAUACAAAAUACUAAUAAUCAUCCACCGAAACCAUAGCUUUCGUAAAGCCGUGGAUUUUCGGGGAAACAGCGGCAUUUCGUCCUGACAUUUAUCUUAGCGCCCCUGGCCGAGUCUGAUCAAUUAUUAUCGAUAUAAAUGGUGUGGCAGUGAUAAGGGCGAAUGAUGAAAGAUAGUCGCUACGGUGGGGGAGAAAAAAAAUAAUUACAUACGCCAUACGAUAAAUUAUGCGGCGGUUGGGCGCGGGAACGCUCGUCUGAAGGGCGCAUAAAUAACAAAACUGUCGCUCGCGCGGCGCUAACUAACAACAGAAAAUCAGAUGGGGGCGGCAUGCGCGUUCAAAACUUCAAUGCACAGCCGCCCACUCUCCCACUGCCAUGAUUGGGCCGCAACAGGAAAAUCAUAAUACAACUCAUCACAAUAAUAAUGAAGGAUGAACUAAAACGUACCCUGCCGCCCGCCCGGCCACCUCAGCUCUGCCAUCACACCAUGGCUCCUGGUGCACAAACAAGGAUUGUCAUUGGUGAAAAGCGGUCAGGCAAACCUUGCCAUUUGCGAGGCAAUGUGCUUCUGUCGCACGCACAUGAUAGGAUGGCGGGUAGCAAGGGAGGGAGAGCGCUACGAGCGGGGGAAGGGGAAAGGAAACAAGGGCGGCAAGAGGAAAAGAGGGGGCGUCCAGCGCCCCCAGCGGCCGCGCGAACCGUGAUCCCGCCGCAAACUAGGCGUUUUUGGCGAGCAGCGAGCGGCAUGCGGGUACUGCGGCGCUACUGCGGCCGAGGUAGCGCUAAUUUUUGUUUUUCCAAGAUAAUUGGACGGCCGCUCGAAACGAAUGCUAGCAUGGGUAUGCCAGUAUGGCCAUUCCGGCCCAAGCUGAGUUCGGUUGUUGCCCUUCUAAUAAUAAGAAUCCUUAUCCCACAAGACGCAAACAAAGCGGACAAAGCGGCAAGCAAAACUCUAAGCGAAGGGUGGGGGGCGGCCAAUAUUCGCGCUGACCGCUUGUCGCAGCACGCAGCACACUUUGAGAGUUGGUUGGCGGCUGGCGACUGGCGGCUGGCGCCCGGCACCGCGAAGAGAGAAAAAAUCCUCGGACAGCGCGCCAUGCGCCGCAGCGACUGAUUGGACGAGGAUGCGGGGAUGAGUGAUUGGUGGAAUGUAACUUGGCCCAUAUUAUUGUGACCAGUGAGAGUACUGCGCAGAGAAUAUCCCAUAAUCCUAGGACAGAGAACUGAUAAAAGCAGCCCUAGUAAGCCGUGUUUUAAAAGUCAAUGCCAUGGUCAACGCGUAUAGAUGGAUGUAUAAUUCACUAUUCAUAUUGGAUGCCCACAUAAAGACGUAGUACAUAGUAACUAAAGAUCGCCUUAUUCAUCCCGAUGGACUGGACAGAGCCG